AUGGUCUUUGAAGAAUCUCUAAAAUCCCUAAAAACUCAAACCCUGAAUUCCGUCUUUCCUUCCUUUCGAAUAUCCUCCCUCAUCCCCUUUUCUGAAAUCAGUAAGAUGUCGUCAUCCGCGGUUGAGAACGGUGGCAAGAAGAUUAUCCUCCGCAGCUCCGAUGGCGAGGUCUUCGAGGUGGAUGAGUCGGUCGCCAUCGAGUCCCAGACCAUCAAGCACAUGAUCGAGGACGAGUGCGCCGACAACGUCAUCCCCCUCCCCAACGUCACCGGCAAGAUCCUUUCCAAGGUGAUCGAGUACUGCAAGCGCCACGUGGACGCCGCAGCCGCCGCGAACGCCACCAGGGCCGACGACAAGCUCGCCUCUACUGCCAACACCGAGGACGAUCUGAAGGCAUUUGAUGCUGAUUUCGUCAAAGUCGAUCAGGCCAUGCUCUUUGACCUUAUUUUGGCCGCAAACUUCCUGAAUAUCAAGUCCCUUCUGGAUCUGACCUGCCAGACUGUUGCUGAUAUGAUCAAGGGAAAAACUCCGGAGGAGAUUCGUAAGACAUUCAACAUCAAGAACGACUUUACUCCUGAGGAAGAAGAAGAAGUUCGCAGGGAGAACCAGUGGGCUUUUGAGUGA